GUGAAUCCCUUAGCCCACUUCCUCUUCUUCGAGAAACUGAGCAUCCUGAGUCGGGGCAGCGGCUUCCCCUGGGUCCUGCAGCACCAGCCUCCUGCCUGUGACCCUCCUCCCUGAGAUGCUGGAUGGGGUGGAGGGGCACGGGAGCCUUCUGGACACAUGGUCUGGAGCAAGUCCGGUAGGGUGUGAGACCUGCCGCUCUCCGGUCUGCAGAGUAGGUGAGGAGGUAGACUGUGCUAGUCAAAUGAAACGUCUGGGAUGUGCCCUGUCGCCAGCAGGGUUGGGCCUGUGCUCUGCUCUGUGGUCCUCUGCAGCGGUCAGGAAGGCGGGGUCCAGCAGCCCCUGGAUUUUGGACAGGCCCUUUGAGCCUUGGCUGUAGCUUUUAUGUCUGUGAAGAAGAGGGCCUCUGUGAUCGCAUCAUUUGGGGUCACCAGUGUCUCUAUCAUGGACAGGCUGGGGGGUGUCUCCACAGUGUGUGGGAGGCCCAAAGUGACGGGGAGGAUCUAUGGUGGCCAGGAUGUGGCGGCUGGCCGGUGGCCGUGGCAGGCCAGCCUGCUGCACAAGCGCGUGCACAUCUGCGGAGCUGUCCUCAUCGACCCCCUCUGGCUGCUUUCCACCGCUCACUGCUUUCUCAACAAAUCCCUCGCCCCCGCGGACUACCAGGUGCUGCUGGGAAGCACGCAGCUCUACCAGCACUCCCAGCACACGCGGAAGAUGCCCCUGAGCCGGAUUAUCGUGCACCCAGACUUUGAGAAGCAUCACCCCUUUGGGAGCGACAUAGCCAUGCUGCAGCUGCACCUGCCUGUGAACCUCACCUCCUCCAUCGCCCCCGCCUGCCUCCCAAGCCCUGGCAUGCGGCUGUCUGGCAACUUGUCCUGCUGGAUCACCGGCUGGGGGAUGCUCAGCGAGGACAAGCACCUGCCCUCGCCCUUCCCUCUGCAGGAGGGUAAGGUGACCCUCGUGGAGAACCAGUUCUGUAACGUCUUAUACAGACAACGACUCAGCAACAGCGAGAGCCACUCUGUGCGAGAGGAGAUGCUGUGCGCUGGGGACUUCUCAGCGGGAAGGGCCAUCUGCCAGGGUGAUUCCGGGGGCCCCCUCGUCUGUGACCUCCCCACGGCCUGGGUUCUGGUGGGGCUGGCCAGCUGGGGAUUGGACUGCUGGCACCCUGUCUACCCCAGCGUCUUCACCAGGGUCAGCUACUUCACCGACUGGAUCAACAAGACCCGGAGGCUGACCCCUCCGCCCGAUCCCACAUCUGCUCCUCAGAUCCGGGUUCCAGAUCAGCCUCUGCAGGCCACCAGCUCAUUCGACAGCAGCACAGCCCUCGUACCUCCCCAGACUUGGCUCCUGCUGCUGUUUGCACUCAGGGACUCACGGCAGGCCCUGCGGUGACCCGCCGAGCCCCUCUGUCUAGCUCUCUGCCUCCAGCCCCAGUCUGCUUGCUGGAACCUUCCACGCCUCCCCUCCCCCAACCCCACUGGCUCUCAGUGGUCCCUCCAGGACUUUCCUGUCCAUCAGCUUCCACCCCGAAGCCAAGCCUGAAAAACCAAAACAGAAACAAAUAAAGACUCGUCCUGC